GUCUGGGAGGAGGAGGUGGAGGAGGACAGGGUGUAAAAGGGGAUAGAGAGUCUGGCGCCGAGGAGGGGACCUCCGCGGUCUGGAGGACGAGGAGCCGCUGCUUCGUCUUCGCCUCCUGGAGGGGACGGAGCGGCUAAAGGGUCAUGAAAAUGGCUACCCCACAAGCAGUUUUCACCUUUGCAAUCUGCAUUUUAAUGAUUACAGAAUUAAUUCUAGCUACAGAAAAUUACUACGAUGUCUUAGGAGUUCCAAAAUCUGCAUCAGAACGCCAAAUCAAGAAAGCCUUUCAUAAGUUGGCCAUGAAAUACCAUCCUGACAAAAAUAAGAGCCCUGAUGCUGAAACUAAAUUUAGAGAGAUUGCAGAAGCUUAUGAAACACUCUCAGAUGCUAAUAGGCGAAAAGAUUAUGAUUCACUUGGACAUAGUACCUUUACUAGUAGUGGUGGAAAUAACUUCCAGCAGUCAUUCAACUUCAACUUUGAUGAUCUUUUUAAAGACUUUGAUUUUUUUGGUCCUGACAAAAACACUCAAACCAAAAAACAUUUUGAAACUCACUUCCGAACACGCCAGGAUGGUUCCAGCAGGCAAAGGCAUCAUUUUCAGGAAUUCUCUUUUGGAGGUGGACUGUUUGAUGACAUGUUUGAAGAUAUGGAAAAAAUGUUUUCAUUCAAUGGUUUUGACAGUGCAAACCGACACACAGUGCAAACCGAAAAGAGAUUCCAUGGAUCUGGCAAACAUUGUAGGACUGUCACUCAACGUAGAGGAAAUAUGGUUACUACAUACACUGACUGUUCAGGACAGUAAUUCUGUCCCACCCUUUAAAAGCCAGCUGAUCAUUUCUUAUGGAUACAAAUAGAAACAAACGUUUCUGUGAACUGUUUUGACAAAUGCAUGAAUUUACCUUUUAAAAUGCCUAACAAAUAUCAUAAAGGUGUAAGUAAAACAAUCUUGACAACUUCACUGUGGAACUAGAUGACAUUGAGCUAAUUAACAUUUCCUCAAUUAGGACGGGAAAAAAAAAUCUUAGAAAUUUAAUGAGUUAAAAUAAAUUUCAUUUACCUGCCAACAAAUUCCUUCAUUUGGUUAGAUUUGUUAAAACCAAGAAAGGAUCCAUGAGUUUAACAACUAAACUUUCGGCUAUUUACCUGAUGUAAAUUGUAUAUUAGAACUAAAUAGACUUUUGCAGUGAAAUCUUUAGUAAUUUAAAUUUGCAUGAUCUGUACUAAUUUUCUUGCUACCUAAAAUGUGGACUUUUGUUAUGGAAAGAUUUACUUAAGUAAAACUGUUCGAUUUCAUUAGGCUUACCAGAGAUAGCAUUUCACCUGUGAAAUUUUGGAAUUUUGCAAUUCUAUUUUUCUAUGGGAUUUAUUUCAAAGGAGAAGAGUCAUGGGAUAGUUUAGUAGUGCUUUCCAUGAAAAUACUUUUUAAAACAUGGAAUAUGUAUUAGUGAAAGGAAUGACCUUGUUCACAUAUAUUUAGACCCAUUAUUACAGAUAAAAAAGACAAUAUGUUGCCAAGAGAUUGUUUCAUGUUUUCUGAGCUACUCUGUCUUUGUAAUGGAACUCACACCUGCUUUUCAGUGCCAUUCAUAUUUCUUGAGUUUUUGACUAUCUACUUAUUUUUGUGGAUGUCCUCGUUAUGUCAAGUGCUUUUCCUUUUUUCUUUGCUUCCAUCAUUUGGUAAUUAACUCAUACCUCAGUCUUUAAAAACAGCCAACGUGUAUACCCAUAUCAUAAUGUGCAAUAUUUUUAAAUAGUGAGAAAUGUCUUUUGGUUUCUUUUUUUUUUUUGCACAGACUUAAUUUCUUCGUGUAACUUCAUUGUGUAGUUUUAUGAUAAUUUCAGUUCUGCACUUUUCUGUCAUACUUUGUAUGAGUAUUAAUCAUAUCUAUAUGUGUUGACAAAACUAGCACCUGUCAUAACACAGUUAUAUGUGAGUGAAACAAAUACAAUAUUUACAACUUGAAUGCUCUGUUUAUUCUUGGUUACUAGUAUAAAGUGUUUAUUUUAAUGUAAUGAAACCUACAAAAUCAUUUGUCCAAAAUUCAAGGCAAGUGAGCUUCAGCAGUUAUCAGUAUUUUACUUUUAUGGAGAACUAAUCAAAUAUUUUUGAAUGCCUGAAAAAAGGCUUCAGUUGAUUUAAUUUACAGAUUACUUUGUUUUGAAACUAAGAUUAUUGAAAAUGGGAAUUCCCUUAUUACAUUUAGCAUAAUUUGCUCUUUUAGUUUAUUUUGCUUGCUACUGUCCCAUGUCAUUCAGUUUUGAGAGUAUGGUUAAAUAUUAAACAUCACCAGUAACUUCUGUAUAAGUUUGCAGUUUUGAAACUAUAUUAAAAUUUCAACCAGAAUGCUUAGGGAAUUGGGUAUACUGGUUAAUUGAGAGUCAGAUAAACCCCUUUUCAAUAAAUAGUUUUUAGAGAUGGGAGAGGCAGUAGAGAUGAUGCAGUCCGCAAAGGCUAAAGAACUUGUCCAAGGGCGCACACUAAUUGUUGGCAGUCAAACCAGUACUGGAAGCUAGGUCUUCUUAAUCUCUCUAGUACUCUGUAUUACGUCACACUUUAUUUGAACUUGUAUUGAUGAAAGUCUUUUUAAACUGUAUUAGUAUACUUUUCUGCCUUAGGAGUACUAAUGUGGGAUGUGAUUUCAUCUUUCAUUUAGGAUAUUGUAAUGCCUAAAUGUAAUUUUGAAUAUCAACUUGUAUAGUACUGUAGAAUUUAAAAGAAUGUCAGCUGACUAGACCACAUACUCAAAGUCUCUUUUGUUAAUCCUGAAUAUGACCUUGUUUUCCUACCAUGUCACUUUUUUCUCUUAAAACCUACCUGUUUUGCUUGCCAAAUUAUAUGGUCACUAGAAGGUUUUAUUUAUUUUUUUUUUACUUUGCUUGUUUGGGUUAAGUGCCACAAAAUUUUUUCCCCCAAUUGAUGAUUUUUGGCUUAUUAGGGAAGAGUGGAGAGUCUGCAAUAUUGUAUUUUAUAGCCAUUCUUAAUAACUUAUCUAAUAUGAGGAAGGUGAAGUAUGCACUCAGAUUUGCAGUUAAAUAAACAAAUUGCAAGA